GGGUGAACAAGAUACAUUCCUUCGUCUACUUAAGUAUCCUGCCUCUCUCUCUCUCUCUCUCUCUCUCUCUUCGGAACCAUCGCUCCGUGUUCGCCUAUAGACCCGGCUGAUAAGCUCGACAUCCUACAUUGCACUGAUAGCGCCAAUAUCUGGCUGCUGGCCCCCUCAUUCUCUUACGCUGAUCUGGUAUAGACCUUUCUCUGUCACAGACACGCGGUGACUACCGUUGUGGCGCAUUAAAUCCCAUCGUUGCCAAGAACAUGAGGAAAGUUCGGAUGGUGAACCCAUAUGGUGCACUUUUACACGCCGUGGCGCAACAACAUCUUCAUUCAAUCGGGGUUUACAGGCGCAGCAGCUGCAGCGGCGUUGAGGACGGGCGACAGAGCAUUGCAUAACGGGUGGGCUGCUAUCGUUAUCUCCUGGUGGCUGAGGGAGGAGGGCCUGCUGUGGCUACAAAAACGAUGCCAAGAAGAAGAACAAAAAAAAAGAAAUUUUUGUAUGCCAAGACCCCCGUCCUGAAAAAGACCGGGCAGUGAACCGGAGUGUGGCAGCUUUGGACUCAGCUGCUAUCAGAGAGCUUUGCAACGGCGUAUUGAAAGAUACACCAUGCGGAGCUAUGAGUCGGAGUCGGAGACGAAGGUUGUUGGCGGUUCUUGGCUAAUAAGUCAGGGACCAUCGACUGGUCACACCUGAGGGUUAUAUGACUAGCUAUCGGAUCCUGGGUGGUUGAGGCCAAGAGAACAUACAUAGCACGAUAUGUAGAUCCGGCGAGGGAGGGGGGGCGCGAGAGAGAGGGAGAAAGAGAGUAGUGGC